UCUGUAUGUAGAUAAUGCACUUGAUGCCUCCAUGAGGCUUUCCGGUGAUGGCAAGGAACCCUUUUUCUCUGUCUGUGAUAAGGACUGCAUCACAGAAAUUGCCCAGCAAGACAGGCCUGAGGAACUCCAACACUGCUGAAGAGAAAAACACAGACUUGAUCAUGACUGACAGCAGUAUGCUAGUGACUGACACCGGAAGGAGUCUUUUGGGAGAUUCUUCUGUUCUUGAUUCAAAAAUUAUAGAAACUUCCAAGGAGAAUAUAUUUAUUGGAUUGGUUUCAGAUGUUGAAGAGGAAAUGCCUCAGAUUGAAACCAGAGUGGUUUUAGUUCAGGAAGCUGGGAAACACGAGGAACUCUUGAAAGCCUUGGAGACCGUUAAGAUAAUGGAAGUCCCAGUUAUAAAGAUAAAGGAAACUAGUCCUGGUAAAUCGGAAGAAAAACUAAUAAAAAGUAUAAUUCAUAUGGAAAUUAAAGUGCCCUAUAUAAAGAUGGAAUCGGUGGAAGAGUUUGGGGAUUCUGAGUCUCCAGAAUUUGAGACAGUCUUCGUUGUAGCAGACUUUCAAGAUUCCAUCUUGGAGAACUUGUGCAAGUUUGAUUGUCGUGUUCUUGGACCUCCAAUAGUACUUCAUUGUGCUCAAAAAGGAGAGCCUCUACCUUUCUCAUGUCGUCCAUUGUACUGUGCAAGUAUGUUGAAUCUGGUGCUGUGCUUUACAGGAUUCAGGAAGAAAGAAGAACUAGUUAAGCUGGUGACCUUGGUUCAUCAUAUGGGUGGAAUUAUUCGAAGGGACUUCAGUUCAAAAGUUACACAUCUGGUGGCUAAUUCUACGCAAGGAGACAAAUUCAGACUUGCUGUGAGUCUGGGAACUCCUAUUGUGAAAGCCGAGUGGAUUUACAAGGCUUGGGAGAGAAGGAAUGAAAUUGACUUCUGUGCGGCUGAUGAGGAAUUCAGAAAUGAGUUCAAGGUUCCCCCAUUCCAGGACUGCAUGUUAAGUUUCCUUGGAUUUUCCGAUGAAGAGAGAAUUAACAUGGAAGAAAUGACAAAAAUGCAAGGUGGGCAGUACUUGCCAGUUAGUGAUGACAGGUGCACACAUCUGGUUGUUGAAGAAAAUACAGUAAAAGAUCUCCCAUUUGAGCCUCCAAAAAAACUUUAUGUUGUAAAGCAAGAGUGGUUCUGGGGAAGCAUUCAGAUGGAUGCCAGAGCUGGAGAAUCCAUGUACUUAUUUGAAAAGCCAGAGAGUCCUGAACUCAAAAAGUCAGUGUCACAACUUUCUCUGAAUACCCCAAAUAGCAAUCGCAAGAGACGUCGCUUGAGAGAGACCCUUGCACAGCUCACCAGAGAAACUGACAUGUCACCAUUCCCUCCUCGGAAACGCCCAUCAGCUGAGCAUUCCCUUUCUAUGGGGUCUUUACUGGAUAUUUCUAACACACCAGAGUCCAGCAUUACCAAUGGAGGGAGCAGAAUAGGAGUGAGGUGCUCAGACCCAGGUAGAGGCCAGGCCAGCUGCCGUCAUGUCAGUAGAAGUAGUCAAACAUGGAGGAAAAUGAGGAAAAAAUACACAUUUACCAAAUAUAAACCUCCAGAUAAUGUUACUCCAAAGCAGUGUGUGAAUCCUGUUGAAAGUCUCCAGCAAACAAACAAGGUAGCUAGCAUUAAGUCAUCUGGAAACCUAGGCAAUAGCAAACUUGGAAAAGGGACAGUAUCAAAUCUCCAGAAAAAGAUUCUUUUUCCAAAGGAAAGCAAAGAGAUCAUUGUAAGGCCGACUUAUCUUGAAGCCUUGAAAGAUACUUUUGCCUCAUGUCAACGUCUUGUAGGGACAAAUAACAUAUCAAACAUGCCACAAGAUUGUGAAGAACCAACUUGCUUAACUUAUGUUGACCAAUUAACUAACACAGAAACUAAUAUCUCUACAUAUGGUUCUUGUGGCAAAGAGCAAAUUGCAAAAACCACAAUUAGUCAACUCCUAGAACUUGGACUCCAAAAUAAAUCCCAAUUCCAGCGUACAAGAGCGAGAUCUGGAAAUGCUACAGAUGUAACUAUGAAUGACCUGACCUGUAUGAACACCUGUGAUUAUGUCCAGCAAGUAACUUAUGGGCAUAGUCAUCAGGGAAAGGACAGCAAGGACCAGUGUAGCUUUAUAAAUGAAACAUCUUUGAUAGAGGAGACUAAUAUUUUAGUAGGAGACUCUGAACCACCUUCUGAUUCAAAAUCAAAAGCCAGUUACAGUGAUACCAGUGCUGCUCUGAUAACAGAAACGCCAAAAUCAUGUUCAAAGCCUUCCAAAAAUUCAACUCCUCUGCCUGCAAAGCAGUCUGCAAGAUGGCAGGUUGCAAAAGAACUAUAUCAGACAGAAAGUAACUACGUAGAUAUUCUGACAACAAUUAUUCAGUUAUUUCAAGUUCCAUUGGAAAAAGAAGGGCAGCUUGGGGGACCUAUCCUUGCACAGGAGGAAAUUAAGACCAUAUUUGGCAGCAUUCCAGACAUCCUUGAUGUGCACACUAAAAUAAAGGAAGACCUUGAAGACCUUAUGAUAAACUGGGCUGAAAGCAAAAGUAUUGGUGAUGUCAUUCUUAAAUAUUCAAAAGACUUGUUGAAAACAUACCCUCCUUUUGUGAACUUCUUUGAAAUGAGCAAAGAAACUAUUAUGAAAUGUGAAAAACAGAAGCCACGGUUUCAUGCUUUCCUAAAGAUAAACCAAGCUAAACCAGAGUGUGGCCGUCAAAGCUUGGCUGAACUACUCAUUCGACCAGUUCAACGGUUACCUAGUGUUGCUUUACUUCUAAAUGACCUUAAGAAACAUACAGCAGAAGACAACCCAGACAAAGGCAUGCUAGAGAGAGCCAUUGAAUCAUUAAAGGAAGUGAUGACACACAUUAAUGAAGACAAAAGAAAAACUGAAGCACAAAGACUGAUCUUUGAUGUUGUGUAUGAAGUUGAUGGAUGUCCAGCCAAUCUCUUGUCGUCUCACCGAAGCUUAGUUCAGCGAUUGGAAACGGUUGCACUUGGCGAUGACCUCUGUGACAGAGGAGAACAGGUCACGCUCUUUCUGUUUAAUGACUGUCUAGAGAUUGCAAGGAAACGGCACAAAGUUAUCAGUGCUUUCAAGAGCCCCCAUGGCCAGACCAGGCCCCCAGCAUCUCUCAAACACAUUGUUCUCAUGCCUCUCUCGCAGAUCAAGAAAGUGCUAGACAUCAGGGAGACAGAAGACUGCCACAAAGCUUUUGCCUUGGUUGUGCGGCCACCAACAGAACAGAACAACUUGUUGUUCAGUUUUCAGAUGACGACUGAGGAGCCUCCUAAAGAGGAUUGGCUGAAGAUGCUGUGUCGGCAUGUAGCGAACACAAUUUGUAAAGCAGAUGCUGAAAACCUUAUUUACACUACUGAUCCUGAUUCAAUUGACAUAAAUACGAAAGAUGUGGACAGUACGUUGAGUAGGGCAUCCAGGGCAAUAAAGAAAACAUCAAAAAAGGUUACAAGAGCAUUCUCUUUCUCCAAAACACCAAAGAGAGCUCUUCGAAGGGCUUUAAUGGCACACAAUACAGUAGAAGGAAGGAGUCCCUGCUCAGCUAGUGAGAGAUACUUGGGCAGCCGCCUGACCAGUACAUCCUCAUUAGCAAUUGCUCGUUCCUCUUCAACAUACAGCCUAAAUGGAUCUGUCAAACAUGUUGUUAGUGUUCAGCGCUCCAAUUCUGUUGAUGGGAGCUCUCAAAGUUCCAGGUCUCGACCUGUGCUCUGUCCUGGCUCUCCAACUAGCCAUCCUUCACAUGCCAGAGAAGGAAAAACUCCUUCCAGCCCUGAAAGCUUAAAUGGCCACUCGUUGGCCAGACCUUGUCCCAUUCCUGUCAUUACUACCACUUGUGAUGUAGGAGAUGACCAGAGUGGUGUUGAGAACAGUUCUGUCGUCAAACUUUGAUCUUUAAUGCCCACGUUGCAUAAAGGUAUCCCUUCUCCUUCCUUGGUCAGCCUUCCCUCAAUGUUUGCAAAGAGGAGUCAUACCUUAAGUCGAUCAACAACCCACUUGAUAUGAAGUAGGCUUAAAAUGAACUACUAUGCUGUAAUGACUGACAAGCAACUGGCUGUUCAGAUGACCUAUUACUGACAUUAAUGGUACUUUAGUCAUUGUCACUUAGUUACCUAACGUCUUGCUAACUGGUAGGGACUCUUUGACUAGUACUGAAGAAGAUCACCUAGUCAACCAAACAAGUGAAAAACUUGAUCUAGGCUUAGAAACGUAAUGUAAACACUUUCUUUCAACAAACUGUCUCCUUUAUGCAAUAAACUGUUUUGGUGUCAAAUGCUGAAAUUAAGAAGUCUCUUACUUGAGUCAUCCACUGGAUGAUGUUCUUCAGUUAAUCUAGAAGAGGUUGCUUAACUUCAUCAAUUGGCUCUGUACUCAUCUUAAAAGCUAAUCAUGGACUAUUGACUACACUGAAAUAGUUUACGAUAUGCCCUUUAAAGUACGACAAUUGGCCUGUUAUACAGCUGCUUUUUCUAGAUAUUCUAGAAGAUCUAGCUUGUUGGUGCACGAAUGUACCUACUGCAUAUGGUCCUUCAUAUUUUCUAUGCAUCCUUUUCUAAUCCAAUACAUCCUAAUCCUGUAACUGGCUUAGCCACCAAAAGGAACUUGAUCUGAUAGCGAAUUAAAACUAACACUUUUUGGAUGUGGAAGUCCAAGGAAAAACAUCACUGUACUUAAAUUGUAUUUAUAGCCUUUGAGUUGAGGCUAUUUUUAGAACCGUCUCCAGAACCUUGUUUAAUUACUUUAUAUAGAGAGAGCUUAUUCAUGCACAGGCUUCUCCAGUGCGAAGCUGAAAUUGUGGACCUGGUUUCAGUUCUAACACUAAUAUUUUUACUUGCAGGUUUUUGGUGUAUAAUUUCCAAAACCUUUUUCUACAUCUUUGCUAUAUUUAGUCUUUUUGUAUUUUUUUUUCUUUGCAAGCUGUACAUUUUAAAUUAAUCACGUUUUCAUUCUGUAUUAUCCAACACUGUCUCAGGAAUUGUCCAACUGUGUAUAUUUCUGCACUUAAUAACUUUGAACUAAUUGCCUGUGUGUCAUGUGUGGCAUUUCCAACUCUAAGAUUCCCUUUAACCACAAAAUGCUACUUUUUUCUGUUAUAUGUAAUUAGUGCUGCUUUUUGAAGAUGUCAGAUGGCCUGUUACUUCUGUAUUUUUAAGAUAGUUUUUUUUGCCAAUAUAAAUCAUGUAAAUAAACUGUUUAAAACAACAUUGCUUUCUAUUAUACUA